UAAAAUGCAGAAGAGAAGGGUUUUAGCAACAAGAGAGGUUGUGUUUGGCAAACGCUGGUCUUUCUGCGCUGCCACUUAUAACUCGAACCACUUUGAGGGCCUUAUCCAUGGCGUCUACUUUUCUUACAGUCUCAAGACCCUUGUUCUUUAACAAUACCAAUACCAAUACCACUUCCCCUUCUCUCUCUCAACAGAGAAUUGUAGGAUUCAGGAGAAAUUCUCUGAGAAUCAAUGCAAUUGCCAAAAAAUGGGAUCCCACAAAGGUUGUUCCCCAAGCUGAUAGAGUCCUUAUCCGUCUUGAUGAGCUACCCGAGUCAUCUGGUGGAGUUCUGUUGCCCAAAUCAGCUGUGAAAUUUGAGCGAUAUCUAAUGGGGGAGAUACUAUCUGUUGGUACUGAGGUUGGAGAAGUGGAGGCUGGCAAGAAGGUUCUUUUCUCGGACAUAAAUGCUUACGAGGUUGAUUUAGGAACAGAUGCCAAGCACUGCUUUUGCAAAGCUGGUGAUCUAUUGGCUGUGGUUGAAUAAGUUUCGGCAAGAUCUUCAGAUGAUCAACUUUCUAUCAGUACUUGUGUAGGAUAUCAUUGAUAUACUUCCAUCAAUUGAGGAGGGAAUUUUCUUUGGUGUAUUUGAUAUCUAUGAGUAAACUAUAUUCGGAAAUCAGUUAUUUUGCAUUCA